AUGUCUGAAACAACAAACACCAAUGAAGAGAAGAAGAAACCUCCUCUGAAUGGGAGAAGAGCCCUCCCACCAAACAACUCCAAUGAUGAAGAAAAUGAGGUCCCUGAGAUGGAGGCUUUUGGUUUGAUACCUAGAGGAUUUAAUCCAAAAGAUUACCUGCGUGUUGUGGACAUUCACAUGUUCAAGGAGACCCAUGAGAUUAACAAGCAGCAGCACCACACUGACAAGUACUACAGCCCAAAGCUGAUAGUGCGUCGGGGACAGCCUUUCCAAAUCCAGAUUGACUUCAACCGACCCUACAAGCCAGAGACGGACCAGUUCUGGCUGGAGUAUUUGAUAGGUCGCUACCCACAGCAAAACAAAGGCACCUACAUCCCAAUCCCAGUAGGUGAUGUGCUGAAACCUGGCAGCUGGGGAGCCAAGAUUAUCCACAAGGAGAACAACUCUGUUCGCCUGUCCAUCAUGUCCUCUGCUACCUGCAUUGUUGGGAAGUUUCGCCUGUACGUUGCUGUCUGGACUCCCUUUGGCAUCCUCCGGACACAGAGAAACUCUGCAACUGAUACUUACAUCCUGUUCAAUCCCUGGUGCCAGCAGGAUGCCGUGUAUCUGGAUGACGAGAAGGAAAGGGAAGAAUACGUCCUGAAUGAUGUUGGUAUUGUUUUCCAUGGAAACAUCAACGAGAUAAAAUUAAGAAGCUGGAGUUACGGUCAGUUUGAAGAAAACAUUCUGGAUGCUUGCCUGUUCCUGAUGGACAAGGCAGAACUGGAGCUCUCUGGGCGUGGAAACCCAAUCAAAAUCUGCCGUGUUGCCUCUGCAGUGAUCAACUCCAGGGAUGAUAAUGGUGUGCUUGCUGGAUCCUGGGACAAUACGUACACUUACGGGGUCGCACCUUCAGCCUGGACAGGAAGUGUGGACAUUCUUUUGGAGUAUUACAGUUCUAAGCAACCAGUGCGAUACGGCCAGUGCUGGGUCUUUGCCGGUGUCUUCAACACAU